GGUUAGAGACUAUGGGCAUGCUACAAGAGAUGGUCAGAGACUAUGGGCAUGCUACAAGAGGUGGUCAGAGACUAUGGGCAUGCUACAAGAGAUGGUCAGAGAAUAUGGGCAUGCUACAAGAGGUGGUCAGAGACUAUGGGCAUGCUACAAGAGAUGGUCAGAGACUAUGGGCAUGCUACAAGAGGUGGUCAGAGACUAUGGGCAUGCUACAAGAGAUGGUCAGAGACUAUGGGCAUGCGACAAGAGGUGGUCAGAGACUAUGGGCAUGCCACAAGAGAUGGUCAGAGAAUAUGGGCAUGCUACAAGAGGUGGUUAGAGACUAUGGGCAUGCUACAAGAGGUGGUCAGAGACUAUGGGCAUGCUACAAGAGAUGGUCAGAGACUAUGGGCAUGCGACAAGAGGUGGUCAGAGACUAUGGGCAUGCCACAAGAGAUGGUCAGAGAAUAUGGGCAUGCUACAAGAGGUGGUUAGAGACUAUGGGC